AUGGCCAAAACAUUAUUCGUCAAUGGCCGGAUCCUGUCCAAGACAGAGACAGGUCUCAGUGGCAACGCUCACUUUUCAGACUGCAUGCUCAUCCAAGACGACAAAAUCGUCGAGGUCGGAUCUCGCCAUGACAUCUCCCAGAAUCUAAGCUCAGAUGUCCAGAUUCACGACCUUGAUCAGCGUGUCGUUCUUCCCAGCUUCAUCGACGGUCAUAUGCAUCUUCUCUUGCUCGGCCAGUCGCUUCGAAAGCUUGACCUAUCACGGUGCACUUCACUUGAUGAUAUCCGAUCCUGUAUCCGAAAAUACGCGGCGGAGAACCCAGAUACGCCAACUAUUCUUUGCAAAGGAUGGAGACAUUACAUGACGCCGGAUGGGGUUACAGCUGCCAUGUUGGAUGAUCUUGACCCGCGACCCAUCUUUAUUGAUGCUGGUUCUUUACAUUCUUGCUGGUGUAAUACUGCGGCGCUGAGAGAACUCGAGGUUGAUGAUAUCCCAGAUCCUGCUGGCGGCAAGAUCUAUCGUAAUGCGGAUGGAAAACCAUCAGGCCUUUUGGACGAAGGAGCCAUGAUGUCUAUCAUUUGGCCAUUUCAAGCAAAGUCAUCACCGAAGCACGAACGAAUAGAUGCGAUACGCGCCGCUGUAAAGGAGUAUAAUGCUGCAGGCUAUACUGGCGCAGUCGAAAUGGCCAUGGACGAAGAAGCAUGGGAUGCACUCGUGACACUUAAGAUGAUAGAACCAAACCUGUCAUUACGAGUUUCAGCCUAUUGGCUUAUCAAACCAACCGCCAACCUCGAUGAAAACUCAAAACAAGUUCAACGAGCUAUCGAGCUGAGCAAAAAGUACAACUCGACAACAAGUCCUGACCUUCGACUUGUCGGAAUCAAGGUCAUUACUGAUGGAAUUAUUGACGCAUGCACUGCUUACCUCUCCGAGCCGUAUGCUACAGCUGGAAGCCCGCCACCUAUUUGGGAGCCUGAAUUCCUCGAGCCUGUAGUCAGUGAGGCAGAUGCUGGCGGUUUACAAAUUGCCUUGCACGCAAUCGGCGACGGUGCGGUCAGAAUGGCCAUUGAUGCUAUUGAGAAACAUGCUACACCGGGCCGAAGGCACAGAAUCGAGCACUUGGAGCUCGUUUCCCCAGAAGACGCCAAGAGACUCGGAAAGCUUGGGUUGACAGCAUCUAUCCAACCUAUCCACGCGGACCCCACAGCACUGACAACAUGGCCUGAACUUCUCGGAGAGCGAUAUGAAAGAGCGUUUGCGUAUCGAGAGUUCGCCGAUGCGGGUGCCUUGAUGGCGAUCGGUACAGAUAGUCCUACGUCACCGUGGUCGCCUAUGCAUAAUUUCCAUGUAGCCAUUAACCGGCAGUCUUCGAAGAAUCCAGAAAACCCCAAGGUAGUACACGAGCACUUCAGAUUAGGGUUGUGUGAGACUUUCGUUGCGGGUACAGAAGGUGCAGCUCGAAGUGUAUUUGCUGAAGAUCGUGUUGGGAGCUUGGCACCAGGAAAAUUGGCGGACUUUAUUAUUGUUGAUAUGGAAUGGGACCCUAAGACUUUGCUCAAGGCUGAGGUGAAGGAGACUUGGUUUGGGGGAUCUUGUGUAUUUUGA